AUGGACGCCUUCACUAACUUUAUGGAUUUAUUGGGUGACUUAAGAGAACAACCCCUCAACAUGAAAGAACUUAAGAAUGAAUUCAAAUUGCCUAAGAAGAAUUUCCCUAAAAUCUCAAAGAUGAUUCAUUAUUUCAAGACUGAAUUUUCAACCCGCACAAGAAACGAAAGCAGAACCAAGUGGCACAAUUAUGACAAGCAACUCCUUUUCUGGGUAGUUUGCAAAUACUGUCAAAUAAAUUAAAAAUACAUUGUUGCUUCUCUUUCCAAGAAAGGUCAAAAAUCUAUGGAUGACAAUGACUGGGUUCACAUCUCUGCCAUUUUAGGAGUUGAAACUAAAAUCUUGAAAAACAAAUGGUUAGUUAUGGUCAAACCUCAAGUUAAAAAUGCUCCUUGGACUCAAGAAGAAGACUCUAUUUUGAAGAGUUUAAUAGAUCCUUCUGAAAAGAACCACAACUGGACUCAAGUUGCCACCAGAUUGGCUGAGCUCACUCAAAACAGUUCCUUCAGAAACGCUAAGCAAAUAAGAGAAAGAUGGAACAACUACCUCAAUCCCACUCUUAAAAAAUCUGAAUGGGAAGAAAGCGAAGACAUUCUCCUUCUUGAGAGCGUUCUCUCUUAAGGCAAAAAGUGGUCUCAAAUUUCAUAAAUUAUGGGAUGCCGUACUGAAUCAUAAGUUAAAAAUAGAUACAAUUCCAUCUCUAACCGUCUCAAAAAGACCUAUGGUGAAUAAUACCCUGAAGAAACUCUUAUUUAAAUGGAAAUCAGCUAAUUAAAGGGAUAUAAUUCUGGUAGCUAAUCAACCAACUUCGCCUCUCAUAAGAUGAUUGUUCCUUCUUCUAACAUUAGAAUCAAGAAAGAAAUGGUUUCUCCCUUAAUGUCAGCUGUCCAUUCUAAUGACAUGCUUGCCAAGAAGAAUAACAGUUUGAACUCUUCUGAUACCUUAUAAGUAAAUUUAAGAAGACACAAGUCAUCUGCUGAUAGCAUUAUUACUGAACAAAAUCACUAAUCUCCUGCUUACUCUUCUUCCUCCCCUUAACUUUCUGAAACUUCUUACUAAUAGGAUGCUACUUCAAUUAUUCAAUUAGAUAUGAAUACAGUUGCCAAGUAAGAAAUGGUUAACUCAAAUCAAGUUUUAUCACAGUAAUCUUCUUCCACUGUCGCCACUCCUUAACAUUCUCACCAUUUCUAAAUUCCCCAACUCCCAGCCUUUAUUUCUCAUCCUUAAGCAUACAAAAAUACAUUAAAUUAAGAAAUGUAGCCUGUUUUCCACUAAAAUGUUUAAGAAAUCCCUGAAUUCAAUGCUUAAAAUCAUCUCUAAUUCUAAGAACCUGUUCAACCUUAAUACAUCACCUUAAAUUACUAACAAUACUAAGCUGUUCACGGUCAAGAAACCUAACAAUAGCAAUAAUAGUAAAAUUCUACUUAAUAACACUAGACUCAAUAACCAACUCUCCCUCCUUCUAUUAGCUACUUCUAUGACAACUACUUCCAAGUCAAUACUCCUACUCCUGCUAACCAAAGCAAUAAUGGCACUGGAAAUCUCUACGUAGAAGAUUGGGGAUUCACUCAAAUGCACUAAACAUACAAUGCUCCCACUCCUAACAAUCACUAAGCUCACCCUUACUAUAACAAUACUAACACUACUACUAACUAAUACGCUACUUCUGGAGCUGGUAACCUUGACUUUAACACUGCCUUCCAUGGUUUGGAGCAAAAUGAAUUCUUUGCCAGAAGAAAUAGCGCUUUAAUGAACGACUCAUAAAGACACUAAAACUACUAACCUACUCCCCACCACCAAACUAAUAACUUUUUCACAAUUCCUACUACCCCUUAAAACUAAGCCAACGCAGCUCAAUCAUUCUACUAUGAGGAACAAUACUGA